UCGAGUGGGUUUUUUUGUUUGGUUUCAUUGUUUAGCAGUAUCUGAGGUUUUUGUUGAGCAUUUUGGUGGGUCUUUGAGCAAAGAGAAAUGGGUGUCAACUCUAACAGAGUGGAACACUUUGCAUGUCCAGAAAGCAAUCUCACAAUCCCAUCAGAGUUGGGGGGAGCAAUGCAAAUUCACGACGUUCGCCUUCCACCAGAGAAAACCACUCUCCAUAAACUCAAGCACAGGAUCUCCGAGAUCUUCUUCCCCGAUGAUCCACUCUACCGAUUCAAGAAUCAAACUUGGCUCAACAAAUUCAUCCUUUCUCUUCAGUUUUUCUUCCCUAUAUUUCAAUGGGGCUCUGAGUACAAUGUUCCUCUUCUGCGCUCUGAUAUCAUCUCUGGUCUUACCAUUGCCAGCCUCGCUAUCCCACAGGGAAUCAGUUAUGCAAAGCUUGCCAAUUUGCCACCUAUAGUCGGGCUAUAUUCAAGCUUUGUGCCCCCAUUGAUUUACUCAAUCCUUGGAAGUUCAAAACAUCUUGCAGUUGGGCCAGUGUCAAUAGCAUCUUUGGUGAUGGGAUCAAUGCUAAGUGAGGCAGUCUCUCCUAAUGAAGACCCAAUUCUCUAUCUUAAGUUGGCCUUCACUGCCACCCUCUUUGCUGGUUUCUUUCAGGCUUCUCUAGGUUUCUUAAGGUUAGGGUUUGUAAUUGAUUUUCUGUCAAAGGCAACUCUAGUUGGGUUUAUGGCUGGUGCAGCCGUCAUCGUAUCAUUGCAACAGUUGAAAGGAUUGCUGGGGAUCGUCCACUUCACAAGCAAAAUGCAAAUGAUUCCUGUCAUGUCCUCUGUUUUAAACCAGAGAGAUGAGUGGUCUUGGCAAACCAUUGUCAUGGGUUUUGGUUUCCUCCUCUUUAUGUUGACUACAAGGCAUAUUAGCAAUAGGAAACCGAAGCUUUUUUGGGUCUCAGCAGCAGCCCCAUUAACUUCAGUUAUUCUCUCAACCCUUGUAGUUUUCCUCCUCAAGUCUAAGGCAAGAGGAAUUCCAAUUAUUGGGCAUUUGCCAAAGGGCCUUAAUCCCCCUUCACUAAACAUGCUAUACUUGAGUGGCCCUUAUCUAGCUGUCGCUAUUAAAACCGGCAUCGUGACAGGGAUCUUGUCUCUCACUGAAGGAAUUGCAGUGGGGAGGACAUUUGCUGCUUUGAAAAACUACCAAGUUGAUGGAAACAAAGAAAUGAUGGCUAUUGGUCUUAUGAACAUGGCUGGUUCAUGCUCUUCAUGCUAUGUUACCACAGGAUCAUUUUCUCGAUCGGCUGUAAACUGUAAUGCCGGAGCACAAACGGCAGUGUCAAAUAUUGUGAUGGCUUCAGCUGUGCUUGUGACUCUACUUUUUCUGAUGCCACUGUUUUAUUACACCCCCAAUGUCAUCUUGGCGGCCAUCAUCUUAACGGCUGUGAUCGGGUUGAUAGAUUACCAGGCUGCAUACAAAUUGUGGAAAGUUGACAAGCUUGAUUUCAUGGCUUGUUUGUGCUCCUUUCUCGGUGUUCUUUUCAUUUCAGUGCCUCUAGGACUUGCCAUUGCGGUUGGGAUAUCAGUUUUCAAGAUUCUGUUGCAUGUCACCAGGCCAAACACAAUGGCAUUAGGGAAUAUCCAGGGCACUCAAAUAUACCAAAACCUCAGUAGGUAUAGAGAAGCUUCAAGGGUGCCCUCAUUUCUCAUUCUUGCUAUUGAGUCUCCCAUCUACUUUGCAAACUCAACUUACCUGCAAGAAAGGAUGUUAAGAUGGGUUCGAGAGGAGGAAGAGUGGAUAAAGGCAAACAAUGCCAGUACACUGAAAUGUAUAAUUUUAGACAUGACAGCUGUGACAGCCAUAGACACAAGUGGUAUAGACGCAAUAUGUGAAAUCAGAAAGAUGAUGCAGAAAAGAACACUCAAGCUUGUGUUGGCAAAUCCUGUUGGGAGUGUGAUGGAAAAGCUAGAGCAAUCACAACUCUUGGAAUCCUUCCGUGUGAAUGGACUCUACCUCUCUGUUGGAGAAGCUGUGGCUCACAUUUCUUCUUUGUGGUAUCCUCAGCCAUGACUUGCAAAGCUUGGCAAUCAAACAAGAGUUCUACUCAGAGGACUCAGGAGAGGACUUUUCUUUUCUUUUAUAGUCGGCGACAGUAUUUAAAGGCAAUCAAACUUGUAGCUUUUUCUUUCUUUUUUGUCCCUUUCUAGUGGGAAAGAUGAAAGCUAUAUGCUCUUCAAUCAAA